GACAUUAUCAAACGGAUGUGUAAAAGCUACGAUGAGCUGGAGCUGGUGACAUCUUCCCAAGGCAUCGCCAACAGUGACAAGAUUGCAUCUUUGAUGGGCAUCCAUGGAGGUCACGCCAUUGACAGCAGUCUUGCCACCCUGAGGAUGUUUUACGACCUAGGGGUUCGGUAUUUGACCCUGACACCUUUCUGCAACACUCCCUGGGCAGAAGCAGCUUCACCAAAGUACGGUAAUUUUUAUACCGACGUUCAUGGAUUAAGUGACUUCGGUGAAGAAGUGGUGAAGGAGAUGAAUCGCCUGGGGAUGAUAAUAGACUUAUCUCAUGCCUCUGAAGCCACUGCAAGGGCGGUUCUGAGGAUCUCCAAAGCACCGGUCAUAUUCAGCCAUUCCGCUGCCUUCUCCGUCUGCAACCAUCCAAAGAACAUCCCUGAUUCUAUUUUGCAACUCUUGAAACAAAACAAUGGGAUUAUAAUGCUGUCAUUCGAUGUCAAAUUCCUGGCUUGCAGCGGUCCUUCCGUUACGGUGUCUAAUGUGGCUGAUCAUUUUGACCACAUCCAGAACACAAUCGGUCCAGAACACUUAGGAAUCGCAGGCAACUAUGACGGCUUCAACAUACACCCAGUGGGACUGGAGGAUGUUUCCAAAUAUCCCGUUUUGAUUGCAGAGCUGCUGAAGAGAGGGUGGAGUGAGGAAGUACUGAAGGAUGUCUUGAGAGAGAACUUUCUUCGUGUUUUCCGUGAAGUGGAAAAAGUGCGGGAUGAGAGCCUUUCCAUUAAAGCAAAUGAAGAGACGAUCUCCCCAGAGUUGGUGAAGCAUCCAUGUCGCCAGGAGCUGAAGCCUCCUCCUCGAGCUACCAUUUUGUAUUGAGGUCAACGCUGGGACAACCAAGCCAAUGGUUGUUUCCACUGUUGUUGGGUACCCACAGAAACCCCAUCGGACCAAGAGAAUGAAUAAAUUUAUUUGAUUGCCAGAAUAAAUUUAGCAGCCUUAGAGGUGAUUGGGUAUGGCUUCUGAGUCCACUGGUGAUGGUGGUGGGGCUUCAAGGAUGGGCCAUUGGAUAAAGGCCCUGAAAAUUUCCUAAAAAUUUGGAGCAACAUGAGAUAUACAACGAUUAUAAAACCACUGAAUCUUAUCAAAGGUCACUCCAUGAAAAGACAGGAGCUUUGAAACUUGUCUUAAACAUUAAAACAUGUAUCAUCCUCCAGCCCACAUAGUUAGUAGCCCAACGGCUACAGGAUUUUGGAUUAUGUAGUCCAAAAAAGUCAAGUUUCCUGUGUCUGAAGAAGGACAGUGGCAAAUCAUCUCCCACAGAAGUCUGCUCAUCUGUGUGUCUGCCAUUUUAGCUCUGUGGGAACAUCUGUUGGCCUCACACCAGAGGCAGCUCAUGGAUCAAGGCAGAGGGGAGGUUUAACUCAAAAAUUUGAGGAGCAGUGCUCCCUAUCCAGUCACAACCUGCUUAGCCCUCUCACUGCUUUCAUGCAAGGCAACAAUAGGGAGCUGGAGCAAAAAGCCUGAGAAAUCAUUCUGUGCCACUUUUGCCACACAAAAACAAAAAGUGAAUAUUCAUCAAAGCAAUACUGCUUGCCCUCUCAUGAGACAGCGUGAGUUGUUGGCCUCAGGCAGCUGAUUCGGGUCAUUCG